AUGGACCCCCCCCCCCAAGCCCAAUCGCACCUCCUCCACGAGCUCAAGUCCCACCACAUCCCACUCACCAGCGACGACGUCUCCUGGGCAUUCAGCAACCCCAAGACCGCCGCCCCAGUGAUUGACUGGGUAGAGCGGUACCUAAGCCACGACACCCUCCUCUCUCUCGAGGAAGCCGAGAUCUACAACCACCUGAAAAAGACCGGCGCCCUCACAAAGCUGCAAAAGCAGCAUCCAGGCCUCCACACCGUGCUCGACGGAGCUGCUGCGGCGGCAGACGGCGCAGCUGCGCAGGCAGGGGGCGGCGGUGGGGGGAUGAAGACGAAGCUGCGGGAGGAGGCGGGGAGGGGGAGGAGCAUGGAGGAGCGGCGGAGGAGGAGGUGGAAGGCGGAGAUGGAGGGGGAGCAGAAUGCUAUUGAUGAUUUGCUGGGGAUACUGCGGGAGGAGGUUGCAGACUUUCGGCGGGACGGGAGGGCGUCGGCGGUGGAUGUGGAGCGGGUGGAGAGGAUGCUGCAGAGUGAUGACAGGGUGCUUGGGCGGCUGGGCCGGCUGGCGGACGGGGUUAUCGUCAGUGGGGACGAUGAAGCUGGGGGAAACGAGGUUGUCGAGAGGGUCACGGUGCUGGUCAAGAAGCUAUCAACGCUGUCUGCCGCCGCACUAAAGGCCCGGCUGGACCGCAUGUUCCUCGAAAUCGUCAACCCGAAAAACAACACCACCACCAAUCCAGCGGAUGCAGACGCCAUUGCGGAGCUCAAGCAGGACCUGGGAAGUCUAUACUCCGAGAUACCCUCGGUGGCGCAGAUGGCCGCGGAGCAGGAAUACCUACGGCCAGUUAUCAAGGAAGUCGAGAACGGGAAGAAGAAGGCGAGUGAAGGGCUACAAGUUGGCGGCGCAUAUAUUUGCGACGUGCUAGCGCACCUGCAGAAACGCAACGCCUCCGCCGCCCAAAAGCUGCAGCGCGACCUCGCGAAAGCACGCGCGAUAGCGCAGAUAAUCGCCACCAUCGAACAAGAGUCCCACUCACCGCUCACCAAGCACUCCGCAGCCCCACCCCCACCAGCAGCAAACGACGACACCCCUCCCCCUUCUUCCUCCGCCCGCCCCGCAACACCAGUCAAGAACCCACACCCACACCCCUUCAAAAACAUGCCCAUCUUCACCCCACCCACCCGCAGCCACCGCCGCCGCAGCGGAAGCCUCGGCGGAAACGCCGCCACAGCCGUCACCGCCGACGACGAGCUCCCGGAGCUGAGAAUGCUCACGCUCCUAGGCGUCCCCGUGCCCUCCGCCCCGGCGCAGACUGCCAGCGCGUUAUUCGCCUCGCCUGUCAAAGGCGGCAGCCCCGCAACAUCCUCCCAAGAGCCGCCGGCGGCAGCAUCGAAAUACACAUACCUACCCACCCACAUACGUCAGCAAUCCACCAAGCUGCAGACGCAGGAGUCGGCAGACGUCUCUGCCUCGUCCGAGAUCCGCAGCGCCGUCGACGAGUUCUGGAAUGUCUCCAGGACCGCGCAGCAGGCGUUGGUGUGGGCGAAUGUGUUUCCACCUGUGGGGAGGCGGCGCGGGGUGAUGGGGUUUGUGGCGGAGGAGCUGGUGGAGGGGCUGGAGGGGGUGGAGAGGCGGGUUGGUGGUGUUGCGGGCAGGAUGGGGGGGCUUGGGAGGGGGCUGGAGGAGUUGCAGAGGAGCGGGGGGGACUUGGUGGGUGGGGGGGGGAGAAGAGGGGGUUUGUGGAGAGGUGGGGGGGGCAUUGAUGUGGGGGGCUGUGGGAUUUGGGGGGGGGCGUAA